AUGGAGCCAGCUGGGGAAAAUCAGCCUGUCGUCUAUAUCUGUGCUACAUGCGGUUGCGAGACGAACCCGCACAUGGACGGAACAAUACAUUGCAACACAAACCCUAAUCACAAGGUUUUGUACAAGAAGCGAGCGUCGCGGCCCCUCGUCUACAAAGCAAUCUAG